AUGCCGCCGCCGACCACUGACUGUGACGCUAUCCUGUGGCUCUUCACCCUGGCCGGUGCGGUGGAGUGGUGGGUCGCCGCUUACGGUUCGGGCAAUGCUGAGCUGCGGGACCUCACCUGGCUGUCGGUGGCGCUUGGCCUUUGGCUCGUGCCGACGGUGCUGAUGGACUCUACUUAUCUGAGACGCCGCAGUCGCCGCACCGCCCACCCCUCAGAGCUCCUGGCCCGGCGCCCUCGCAGCGGGGGAGGGCGGUCCGGCGGGUCAUAG